AUGGAAGAGGAGCUUUCAGCUUUAGAAGACAAUCAUACAUGGAAUUUGAUAUCUAAACCAGCUGAAGCUUCUAUUAUUGGGAGUAAAUGGAUUUAUUCUGUGAAGAAAAAGUCUGAUGGCACACUGGAGAGGUAUAAAGCUCGACUAGUAGCUCAAGGAUAUAAACAACAAUAUGGGCUGGACUAUGAUGAGACUUUGUUCCCACUUGCAAAGAUGAUGACAAUUCGUCUGUUGCUCACGAUUACAUCUGUCAAACAAAGGGCAACUUCAUCAAAUGGAUGUGAAAAAUGCAUUUUUGCAUGGUGA